ACAAUUCAUUCGUUAAAUUAGUUUAGAUGUUUCGUUCGCUUUUAGGUCAAAGCCCAUUCUACUUUUGUAUUGUCCUAGAAAUUAAUUGAGAAUAUAACUGAUGAAAAAGUGUCAAAUUUUGCUCCUUUUUGCAGUACUAUUACCAUCGCUGAGUUGGUGCACUCGGUUCCACCAGGACGAGUUCCACACAGAUGCCCCGACUGAGGACUGGGAGUCUCUGGUGUUCUGGAUAUCAAACAGUUUAAGCGUUUUGGGGAAAGCUUGUCGACAUGUGAGCCAGUAUUACUGCCUGGACGCCUACCACACAGCCAGUCCUAUGCACUUCGGACUGAGUUUCCUUCCAGACUUCAAUCUGAAUCCGAGGUUGUUGGAGCCAGACGCAGCCAGGGCGUGGUUCAAGAUACUCAUCCAAAACAAGUGGCUGCAUAUCAACAUGAUCAACCCAUACAAACCAAAAGACUGCUGUAAGUGGCACGUGGACAAAUAUAUGCUCUAUGGUCUGUUGCACAAACAGUACAACCCCGAUGAGUACAUGCACAAACUCACUGACUACCGGAAUGAAAGCAAACAACUCAACCUCAUUGUGGCUACUUAUGUGCCAAUCUUGUGCGCCAACAUGAUCCUCGAAGUCGGCUUCGGUCACGGAAAACUUCGGCGAAGUCAUCAUCCUGCUGUGAAAGAAGGAUCCCCCUACUUUCUACUCGGCCGAGAGUACGAAGACCUCGGUCUAAGAGAUGUCGACACCAAAUCUUUCAGUUAUCAUAAUAUAACAGAAGAGCUGACAUUUCAUUGGUUCAAACACAGCAUCAUGUGUCGAGAUAAUAAAUGGAUAUGUGAGGAAGAUUCUCCAAACUCGCCGAGUGGUAGCAAGAGUGGUGGUUCGAAUGAUGGAAGAGGUGACAAGUCUUCUGAUGGUCUGAGGAAAAACAACAAGAAAAAGAAAGGGCGAGGUUUGCUAUAGAGAAAAGAGUGUCCAGUCAUCAUCGAGGAAUCUCCAUGGAAAAGAUCUACGUGUGUCCAAAACUUGAAUAUGUUUUUUUUUGGUUAAAUAACUGUUAAAUUUUUUAACGAUAGGAA